AUGCAACUUACAGAAUUGAUUCAUCACAGUAGGUCUUCUACUUUACCAUCCAUAUCGGCAACUACCACCACCAGUACCACACAACCACAAUCACAACCAAAAGAAUUACCAUCUUUGACCAACAAGAUCAGCUUACCGCCAAUUAGUGAUCUUUUAGCUACACCUCCACCUGCUUCACAAUCUCAUCAACAACACUACAACCACUACAUUGCUGCUUCAGCAUCCUCCUCUGCCCUCAAGCAUGGCAACAGUAACGACACCAUACACAAGUCUCCCAAUGUGGGAUAUGCCACUUCGUCUUCAUCAUCAAUUUCAUCUCCAUCUUCAGUACAAUAUCAUAACCAACAACUGCACUACUUUCAUCCCACCAACCCAACUCAACAACAGCAACAACAACAACUACAACAAUCACAGCAGUUACCUUCAAUAAUACGCUCACACUCAUACCCACAACAACCGUCACAUCCUACGGUGAACCAAGAUCAAACAUACCUUCCACACCACCAUCUAACUCACUUCCCCUCCCACGAAUACUACCCACACUACCACCAGCAUCCACUCUACACAUCCGCAACAUCUUCUUCUUCUUCUUCUUCUUCUUCUUCAGUACACAAUAACCACCCCCACAGCUCAAACAAUGCCAGAAUCGUGGUCAAUGGAGACAACAAUAACAACCCCAACUCCAAAAGAAGAACAAGAAACAACUUACCCAAGGAGAUCACUUAUGUAUUACUACGCUGGCUCAAUGACCAUUUGAAUCACCCUUACCCAAACUCAUUUGAAAAGAAUCAGUUGAUGAUGGCCACCGGAUUGAAUCAACAACAAUUGAGUAAUUGGUUUAUCAAUGCUAGAAGACGCAAGAUCAAGACUUUGAAAGAGCAAAAGAGAAUGAUGCAUAUGAUUUGA